GGGCGGGGCUUCGGCGAUAUGGAUCGCUCUCCCGGCGCCUUGGAAGAGCCGGCGGAUGGGACCCGGCAGCAGGAACGACACUAUCAGCUUCUGUCGGCGCUGCAGAGCCUGGUCAAGGAAUUGCCCAGCUCCUUCCAGCAGCGCCUGUCCUACACGACGCUCAGCGACCUGGCCUUGGCGCUCCUCGACGGCACCGUGUUCGAAAUCGUGCAGGGGCUGCUGGAGAUCCAGCACCUCACCGAGAAGAGCUUGUACAACCAGCGGCUGCGGCUGCAGAACGACCACCGAGUGCUCAGACAGGCAUUGCGGCAGAAGCACGAAGAGGCCCAGCAGACCUGCCGGCCCCACAACCUGCCCGUGCUCCAGGCGGCCCAGCAGCGAGAGCUGGAGGUGAGGGGUGGCUGGAGGCCAGGGAGCCCCCAAGUGCAUGGGUCUUUCCUGUGGGGCCAGCAUUCAGGUCUCCAUGGAGGAACGGGGUGGAGCCCUCUCUGUGGUUUCCCCAAUCCCUUCCACCUGCUCCCCAAGGCAUUGUUCCUGGGGCCUGGGGCCUUACCCAGAGCAGGCAUUGAGGUGGGGCAUCAUGUGGCAGGUCCCACCCUCUCCCAUGCACAUCCCAGGUCCAAGGAAAAUGGGGGUGACAGGGCUGCCCAUCUCCACUUCUAUCUCCCUCUGAUCGGUAAACCUGGCUCCUGCUAUUGGGGACUAGCACGGAUUGGACCAGGGGUAGAUGGGGGAAGGGGAGGUGGUAGCAGGCAAGUGGCCCCGAGAGACGUGUGAGGUAGCAGGGCAGCUGCAGCCAGGGGUGUGGGAGCCCUAAGGCAGAGACCCAGUCCAGAGGUCCCCCGCCAUGGACUGUCAACACCAGGACACUGGCUGCAGCUCGCAGAAGGCAGGGGAGAACAUGGAGAGGGCUGGCUGCUGUACAGUCCCUGGCCUGGGUUCAGGGUGGCCAAGAAGCAGGGCAGUGGUUGAGGGGUGAUCUCCUGGCCGGUGCAGUGGUGAGACCAGGGACCUGGGGAAGCCAGUGGC